CCACCACCGCCCACACAACCUCAACCUCUCCUCUUCCUCUUCCUCUUCCUCCUCCUCGACCCCAACCAACCACGCCUCGCCACCUCAUUCAAACCCACUGCUUUCCCAACUAAAUUACCAAACUACCCCAUUCCCAGGCUUAAUCAUAUUUCUUAAUUGCACCUGUGUAAUAAAAGCCUGCAGGUUCAGAGAGAAAUAUAAAUAUAGAAGCAAAGAUGAGAAGUGGGUGGUGGCUAUAAAGAGCUUGUUGCUUAGAUCAAACCACCCUCCUCUUCUUCUUCUUCUUCAACAUUCUAGAGAGAGAGAGAGAGAGAGAGAGGGAGAGACUCAGAGAGAUGGGAAAUUGCCAAGCCAUAGAUGCAGCAACUUUGGUGAUACAACACCCAAAUGGGAAGGUCGAGAAGUUCUAUGGGGCAGUGAGUGCUAGUGAGGUCAUGAAGAUGAACCCUGGUCACUAUGUUGCUCUUCUCAUCUCCACCACACUCUGUCCCUCAUCAAAUCCCAAAUCCAAAACCAAUGGUCCUGAUAAUAAUGCUGGUGAUGAUCAUGAUCACAAGAAUUCUGAUAUGACCAAUGAGAAGAAGACUAGUUCUAGUACUGGUUCAGUUCGAAUCACACGAAUCAAGCUUCUCAGGCCAACUGAUACUCUUGUUCUUGGCCAAGUUUACAGACUCAUCACCACUCAAGAGGUUAUGAAGGGUCUGUGGGCAAAGAAACAAGCAAAGGGGAAGAGAUCAAACCAGUUUGAGCCACUAACAGCAGCGAGGUUGCAGAGAGAGACAGUAGCAGCAGCAGCUAGCAGAAGAUCUGAGGCUGCUUCUGAGCUGGACAAGGACAACAACCAGGUGAUGACUAAAACUGAUAGACACCACCACCGACCUAGAACAUCAACCUCAUCGUCAGGGAGCACUAGUAGUAGUCAGUCUGCCGCAACAGCUCGACCAAGAACAUGGCAACCUUCACUGCAAAGCAUCUCAGAAGCUGCGAGCUGAUGAUCAUGAAGACGAUGAUGCACGUGUUCAAUCUUCGGCCACAUGAUGCGUAAGCGACAGUGGAGCACCAGUAAUGGUUCAUUACUCCGCCUGUAGAUGAUCUAAGCCUUCUUGAUUAACAUGUGAAAAUCAACAUUGGAAGGGGGAUGGUAGAAGACUAGUUGAUCAUAAACUUAUUAUGUUCAGGUGAAGAGAUCUGAAUAAGUUGUGUAUAGUAAAAGGGUGGCAGUUUCUAGGUAGCAAUAUGACUGUAAGAGAGUUUUUUUUUUUUUUUUUUUUUUUUA